GGGCAAACGCGCACAUUUUGAUUGACACGGCGACUGACCAAUCCGCGUGUCCCGCUGUGUUCUAUAAUACCGCCCCGUUUCCUGCGUCUCUCUCUUUUCUUUCACGCGGCCCUACCGUGAGAUAAUCACCUUGUCUUUAAACCGGCUGUUACCCGAUCCUUGGUAGCACUGCAAAGAUGCCCAGGGAAGACAGGUCCACGUGGAAGUCCAACUACUUCUUAAAAAUCAUUCAACUGCUGAAUGACUACCCUAAGUGCUUCAUUGUGGGCGCAGACAAUGUCGGCUCCAAGCAGAUGCAGACCAUCCGUCUGUCCCUGCGGGGCAAGGCUGUCGUGCUUAUGGGCAAGAACACAAUGAUGCGCAAGGCUAUCCGUGGCCACCUGGAGAACAACCCAUCUCUGGAGAAGCUGCUCCCCCACAUCCGUGGAAAUGUCGGCUUUGUCUUCACCAAGGAGGACCUGACUGAGGUUCGGGACCUGCUGCUGGCCAACAAAGUGCCUGCAGCUGCCCGUGCUGGUGCCAUCGCCCCCUGUGAGGUGACUGUGCCAGCUCAAAAUACUGGUCUGGGUCCUGAGAAGACUUCCUUCUUCCAGGCUUUGGGUAUCACCACCAAGAUCUCCAGAGGAACCAUUGAAAUCUUGAGCAAUGUGCAGCUCAUUAAACCUGGAGACAAGGUGGGCGCCAGCGAGGCCACGCUGCUCAACAUGCUGAACAUCUCGCCCUUCUCUUAUGGGUUGAUCAUCCAGCAGGUCUAUGACAACGGCAGCGUGUACAGCCCUGAAGUGCUGGACAUCACUGAGGAUGCCCUGCACAAGAGGUUCUUGGAGGGUGUGAGGAACAUUGCCAGUGUGUGUCUGCAGAUCGGCUACCCCACUCUUGCCUCAAUCCCCCAUUCAGUCAUCAACGGGUACAAGAGGGUGCUGGCUGUCGCUGUGGAGACAGACAUCUCCUUCCCCUUGGCUGAUAAGGUGAAGGCCUUCCUGGCUGACCCCUCUGCUUUUGCUGCAGUGGCAGCUCCAGCUGCUGCAGCUGAAGUGUCUGCUGCGGCCCCUGCUGCCGCCGCAGAGCCAGCCAAGGAGGAGUCUGAAGAGUCUGAUGAGGACAUGGGCUUCGGCCUGUUUGACUAAACGGCAGUGUGAACAUGAGGCUAUCCUGCUGAUUUAACACAAUAAAAACAUCUGGAAACCA